GUACUAGCAGAGGAGGAGGAGGAUGGGGCGCUUCUAACCAGAGAUACACAAAUGUUAUCCAGCCAUCUACCUUUAAGUCUAAUACAUGGGGUGGCAGCAGAGACCACGGAAGAGGAUUUUUUGGCUCAUUUGAUUUUGGCUCGUCGGGCGGCAGCAGCAGAAAUUCAGACUUUUCACAGAACAGAUUCUCUGCAUUAGUGAACAGUCAAAAUAUUGCCGAUGGCUAUAAAGAUGAAGAGGAGAGACUUCUGGAGUGUGUAGUGAAAGACAUGGAAAUUUGGGAAUCUUCAGGGCAGUGGAUAUUUUCAUCUUAUUCACCGGUGAAAGGAAAGCCAAACAUCUCAGGAUUUCCAGAUUUCUCACCAGAAGAGUUGCACCUGGAGUAUUAUAACUGCAGAGCAAACAAUAACAUUCAGAACUAUGUAAAUUCUGUCCAACAGUUAGCAGCACAAUGGAAAAAUCGGCUGCUUCAGCUGAAGGCUUCAAAUGCAUCAACGAAAGCAGCUUUGCUAUCUGAAUUAAAGAACACGGUCACACAAGCAUUGCCACCUUCGGGAUUUGGAGGACAGAUAACAUCAAGCUUAGGGUUUUCAAGCUUUCCUGUGAGUAGCACCAGUAGCAGCGCGAGCAGUUUCUCCUUCAAAACAAGUCCCAGUCUCCUCGGCAGUGCACCAUCUGGAAACACCCCAGUUUUUGGGAGCUCUGCUGCUGGCCUGAGGUCCUCUCCCAGUGCAGCCCAUUCUGUUGGUUUUGGCAGCACAACAGCUCCAUCUGCAGCCUCCUUCUCAUUUAAAACUUCUGAAACAACUAGUGGUUUUGGAACUCCUGGGUUUUCAGGGUCUGGCAAUUCCACUGCUGUGAACUCUUCAAGCACCACUCCACUUACAAGCUUUGGAGCUUUUAAUACAACUUCUCCCUCACAUUCAAGCAGUACUUUAUUUGGGCAGACUGCCAGUUCUUCUGGACAUACCAUAAUAACGAUGUCUUCUUCAGUCACAAGCACGACUACAUCAGAAAAGUUAUUUACGCCAAGGAGUGAAUUAUCAACUGAAGAGUUGAAACAAUUUGAAGCAAAAAAGUUUACAUUGGGAAACAUUCCUCUUAAGCCACCACCACUAGAACUUUUAAAUAUUUAG